AGUCAACAGAAAAAGAUUGUUUGCAGUUAAUACUGCCUGAUCUAAGCAAACAUGAAAGCAAGGAACAUUUCCUUUUCUGGAUUAUGGAUAUGUUGUAAUUGAAGCUCAACACCACAAAUUGUCGAGGACUUCAUGGGACUGGCAGAAUGAUGGGAGUGAUAAAUGAGUGGCUGUGGUGGGACCGCCUUUGGCUGCCGGGCAACCUCACAUGGGCAGAUCUCAAAGACACAGAUGACUUUGUCUAUGCCAGGAUAUCCCACCUCUAUAUCAUUGUGCCAUAUGCAUUAGUCUUCCUCUUAGUCAGAUACCUGUUUGAAAGGUUAAUAGCUACACCAUUUGCUGCCUACAUCGGAGUUACAGAGAAGACAAGACACAAAGAGGAGCACAGUGCAAUCCUUGAAAAUUUCUUCACUACAAAGUCAAAAAACCCAGGAGAGGAAGAUAUAGUUGGCCUGUCUAAAAAAUGCAGCUGGUCAAGCAGACAAGUUGAGCGCUGGUUCAGGAGAAGACGGAACCAGGACCGGCCUGGAGUUUUGAAAAAAUUCAGAGAGGCCAGUUGGCGACUGGUGUUCUAUCUAGGGACGUUCAUUGGUGGCAUUAUAGUCCUAUAUGAUAAACCAUGGUUUUAUAAUUUGCGAGAAGUGUGGAAUGGAUAUCCCAGACAGUCCUUGCUAGAGUCUCAGUAUUGGUAUUAUAUUGUAGAGAUGAGCUUCUAUUUGUCACUAGUGCUCAGGAUCACCUUUGAUGUCAAACGAAAGGACUUCAGAGAGCAGAUUAUCCACCAUUGGGCCACACUGACCCUCUUAGGUUUCUCGUGGUGUGGGAAUUACAUUCGGGUCGGUACCCUGGUCAUGCUAAUUCAUGAUGCAUCUGACAUCCUUUUGGAGGCCGCCAAGCUCUUCAACUAUGCCAAGUGGUUAAGAACAUGCAAUGGCAUCUUUGUGAUAUUUGCUGCAGUCUUCAUAUUGACGAGACUCAUAAUCUUUCCAUUUUGGAUUAUUCACUGUACAUGGGUCUAUCCACCCGACUAUUACCCUCCAUUCUUUGGAUAUUACUUUUUUAACUUAAUGCUCGUCAUCCUGUUGAUGCUCCACAUGUUCUGGGCAUUUCUGAUUCUACGGAUGGUGAAGAUGUUUCUCUUCGGAAGUUUAAAAAAAGACGAGCGAAGCGACAAUGAAGAAGAGGAGGAGGAAGAAACCAGUGUGAUAGAGGACACUGAUGGACAUACGAAAGUGACCAAUGGCUGUGGAGGAGGAGGAGGGUCUAAUCAUCACUGACGAUGCCAGAGACCUGUGAAAAACAAACUGCAUCCUUUAAUAACACAAAAAAAAAUCUUGCUUUUUUCCACCUGGCUUCUUUAGAGACGUUGUUUGCUGCUUUUCGGCAGCCAAACCUUUUUUCUGUUUCAACUUAAAACAGUGUUCAUAAUAUGGCACAGGACCACCUGGAUAAUUAUGAAAUAACAGAGUGGAAAAAUCAAUUGAAGAGCUUGCUCCUAUUAACACUUAAAAGAUUCCUUGUUGUUUCUGAAGCUCAGCACUCACAUAACACUGGCAGCGUUUGCCAUCUGGCAUGUUACAUCAAGGCUUCAUCAUUGCAGGCCGUCUAUCUUGCUGCCGUGUUUUACAACAUCAUCUUUGCUGUCCAGAGGAGCCUCUAUCAAGAACUUAUGAGAUGAAAUGUUGAUGCAAGAGAUAGACUUAAUGUACAUCCUCUUCAUUGGGUUGCACUGUUGUUUAAAUUGGUGUUGAUUGUUCAUCUGAUGAAACAUAAAAAAAAAACAUUUUUCAAAACACUUUCAGUUGGCAAAAAAUCUAGAAAACAUUAGUUGUGAAAAUUAGAUGUGAUCUUGGACCUUUAUACAGCUUUAUACAGUACAUGCCACUAAAGAGAAUGUAAGUCUAUCCUUCACAGUCUCUGUUUUAUUUGCAAUAAACACCAACAUGGUGCUACUCUGAAUAA